AUGGGUAGUGACGACGAGCGAGAGCUUCUACAUAUCCUUGAAGUGCGCGGCAAGGACUUUCUGAGCUCCUUUGCUACCCCGAUAAUCAGCAGUGGGAAUGCAGAAAAAUCCCUGCCGAAGGAAAAGAAGAGAAAACUGGAAGAUGAUUCUGCGGGGGAAGAGGAAGAAGGGUGGACGGGCUUUGGAGACAAUGAGAGUGGCGACGGGCCUGAGGUAGAGGAUGCUGAAGAUGAUGUUUCAUCAGACCAAAGCCUUGCCCCGCCGCCUAAAGUAGUCGUAUUUUCUGACAUAGUGUCAACUGCUGGUCCUUCCAAUGUGGGUGCAAGCAAGGCUCAGAUGAAGGCCUUCAUGUCUUCCAAGGUGUCUAAACUUACACAAGACAUACAAGGUACUAAUCCUGAGCAAGACGGUUCGGACGAUGACGACGAGGACGAGUUAACGAAUGCCCAGAACGAUGCCCUUCUCCAUCGCCUCGUGCACACCCGCCUACUGUCUGGUUCUCUGAACUCCGAGCUGAACUUGACAUCAGCGCAGCGCAAGAAAGCUCUGGCAGGCCGUGUGCUGGAGACAGCUGGCAAAGCGAAGCUGGGCAAGGGCGAAGGGGCCGUCCGGUCUGCAGAACGGAAUAAGGCUGCAAAACGUGUGCGAGAGGGCAUAGCAGAAAGGCAAGAAGAGAGACGUAAACAAGAGUUGGAAGAGGCCAAACACCUUGGAAAUUAUCAUCCGACUCUGAAGCGCCUAUACGAUGAUUCGUCGGACUCGAAACCACGGAGUAAGAAAAGAGAGAAGGGCCUGGGGAUGGGUAUCGGGUCGUUCAGAGGUGGGAUUCUCAGGCUCCGCAAACAGGAUAUCAGUUCAAUACAAGGUAGUAGUGGGAGAGGUCGAGGGGGUGGUUCUCGUCGAAGAGGAGUUACGCGACGAUAA